UGUAAGCACCACAGGAUGUAAUCCAAGUGACAACAAGCAGUAUAUGUGUUUUGGAAGGAAAGUGAUCUUUAAUUUGUCAUUUUGAAGACAAGCUCAAAAGAGAAGAGAGCCAGGCCUGGUCCAAAUCAUCUACUUGGUCCCUAUUGUUUCUGCCAAGUUGUUUGUGCUUUAGUGAUGGGAUGGUACCUUGACAAAAACUGGGUCACUCAUCUAGGAUCAAGGCGGCUCCAGUUACUCUGCAAGAUGAAGUAUCUGCUGUCAAACAUCAGAAAUUUGUCUCAGCUUGUCAGAAGUCCAUUUUCCAUGAGGCCUCAUAGAUCUUGUCAGAGCCUCUUCUCAUCAUCACUUCAGUCCUCAAGGAGAACUCUUCUAAAAUCCCAUAGAUCAAAAAGGAGGAUUUUUAGCAUUACCCCCACAAGACGUUUUGGGACAGUUACCAAUAAUGUGAAAUCUGAAUAUGAACUGAGCCUUCAAAUUCAUCGAUUUUACUCAAGCUCCAGUAGAGAGUCUUUCAAAGCAGAGGCUCCCAUUGGAGUUUACCAGAACAGCAGGACUCCCUUUCGGCUGCACUUCCUAGGGUUGAGAUUAGGAGAAUCUUUUAAUCGUCUUUCCAGGCACAUUAACUUGUACUUUAUGAAGAAAGAGGCCUCUUUGAUAUAUUAUGAACAGGAAGGGUUGAUGUGUGCAGUGCAGGACCCGCUAACCAGAACUCAAAGACGAGCUCAAAGCCAAAGAGCACUUAGAGAGAGAUGCUCUGGAGAGAACAGUGCUUUCAUAGGGACACCUGCCCUUGAGCAAAUCCAAGAAGCUUCCUCAAAUCAGUCUCAGGGACCACCUUUGUCCAACCUUGGACUACAGCUGUUCCAUAUUAGCUCCUUGGCGACUAGAUUUGGCGAGAGUUACAGCUAUGUGGCCAAUCAUAUUAACUCUGUAUUCUCUCGAAGUCCAGCAAAAAAUUUCCAUGCGGAGGUAUUAUUAGAUGAUGAGUUCAGAAGGUCUAGAAGUAGAAAGAGAAGAGUUGUAGGUAAUAAGAGUGAUCCUUACAGAGAAUCAGAGCAAAAUAGAGAAAACAAUACACCAACAAGAACACUGGCAGCAGAGAUUAGUAAUAACAAAGUGUCUAGUUCCUGGGAGGAAGGGUACCUCCACUUUGCCCGUCACAUCAACCGAUACUUUGGAGCAAAAUCUGAUUCUGUUGAAGAACCACCCCAUAAUCAAGGGACAGCUUCUGCUGAUCAUCAAAUGUCACAUACUGAGACACAAAUGCUGAAGUCUUCCAUUACACUGGACCAGUCUUCUCUAGAGGGAGCAGAUAACUCUACUUUGCCACUUCGACCCAAAGGCCUGUUCCACAUGAGCAGCCUCACCACACACUUCGGGGAAAAUUACACUUACAUGGCCAACCAUAUCAACCGCUACUUUAAGGGAUCUGCAGUUUCAGAGGAGGAGGGGGAGAUGGACCGAGAGCCCUAUACAGAACAAAACAUAGGUUCACCUGAAUACACCAUGACACAGAAAAAGUCUGUGUCCUUUUUUCAGAGCCUGUUGAAACCAUCAAUUCUACCACGCCUGGUUGGCAGCUACCUGGGAAUGGGUUCAAGCAGGAAUAGCGACCACACCACAUCUGUAGCCAGGGCUCCAGAGGCCAUGCUGUAUAAAACGGCUUUGGGAAGGAGGAAGGCGGAGGACACCACUAGAGUUCUACUGAACAGCCUACAGGAAGCUAUGGGACCCUCAUCCAUCACUUCCCAUGUGGAGGAAUUGAACACUCAUCUCAUUCAGCACCCAGCAUGCAAAGCUGUGGUGUGGCAGGAAAAAGCAGCAUUGCAGCUCCUUAGACGGCGCCGGAUCUUCUGGAUGAAUGAAAAACUUCAGGAAGCCAUUAGGGAAACUCUUGCUCUGAUUGGCUAUGUAGAUCCAGUCAAAGGUUGUGGGAUCAGAGUGCUUUCCAUUGAUGGAGGAGGAACAAAAGGGAUAGUUCCACUUCAAGUGCUCAAACAGCUGGAGGCUCAAACAGGAAAACGAGUUUAUCAACUCUUUGACUAUAUUUGUGGAGUAAGCACAGGAGCGGUUCUGGCUUUCCUGUUGGGUCUGGCUCGUAUCUCUUUAGAUGAAUGUGAAGAGAUGUAUCAUCGUUUUGGGUCAGAUGUUUUCAGACAGAACCCCCUCGUUGGUACUGUGAAGAUGGGCUGGACACACUCCUACUACAACACAGAAACAUGGGAGAUGAUCUUGAGGGAGAAAAUGGAGGAGCAGAUUUUAAUUAAAACAGCCAGAGCUAAGCAGAGCCCAAAGGUCUCUGCGGUAAGUGCAGUAGUAAACUGGGGAACCAGUCCAAAAGCAUUUAUCUUCCGAAACUAUAACCAUGCUCCAGGAAGACUGAGCCGCUACGCUGGAGGGUCAGGAUACCAGCUGUGGCAGGCUGUUCGGGCCUCAUCCGCUGCUCCAGGCUAUUUCCAGGAGUUCUCUCUCCAUGGUGACAUACACCAGGAUGGUGGUCUUAUACUCAAUAACCCUUGUGCCCUUGCUGUCAAUGAAAGCCGUCUGCUAUGGCCCAAUCAGCCCUUCCAGUGCGUGCUUUCACUGGGGACUGGUCGCUAUGACAACGCUAGAAGAGGGCCUGCAACCUCCACAAGUUUAAGAGCCAAAAUCAGCAAUCUGAUUUGCAGUGCAACUGAUACAGAAGGUGUACACACCCUGUUGGAUGAUCUCUUGUCACCGAAUGUGUAUUUCCGCUUUAACCCAAUGCUGAGUAUAGACGUGACUCUGGAUGAAAGCAGGUCUGGAGUGCUUCAGCAGCUGCAGAAAGACACACAGCUGUACAUGGACCGGAACAGACCCAAACUGGAUCGCAUGUGUGAUGUUCUGAUGGCAGAGCGCACAGCAAUCUGGAAAACACGGGACUGGAUUGGUGAGAAAGCGUGGGAGCUGCAGCAGCGCUGGGCUUGACUGGACAUAAAUUACUGAAGAGGAAUCAGAUGCAUGUAUUAGACAUUGCAUGGUCAGUGCACAUUUGUACAUAAUUUAAAUUGUUAGUUUUAAUUAUAAUGUAAUCUUGGAUCCAAAACACAAUUUAAAAGGAUAUUUAAUGUACAGAUGAUUUAGCUCAGGGAGGAGGUAAAACUAAAUCGUGACCUACUAUAUAAACAUAAGAUACGUGUACAUCAGGGUCAGAAAUUAACUUUUCCAUUAAGGGGCAAUAUUUACCCCCUGGAUUUUCAAGGAUAUUUUAUACCUUUAUAGGGUAUUUUUUCUAGCCAAAAUAAAAAAAUAUAAGGUGUUGUCCUUUUAUGUCAAAUUGAAGGUGAAUUGAACCAACCGAUUAACAUGAAUUGUCAGUAUUAAUAAUUAGAUUAAUACAAAGUAAUUUCCCACCUUAAUUUCUGACCCUUGUGUAUAUACUGUUACUGUUGUUUCUUUGUUAAAAAAUAAAAAAUCGCAUGAAUAAACCUUAAGGGUUUUCCUUUUACAGGUCACACAAGAUUGCAAUGUUUUAGAGAAAUUUUGAAAUAGUACUGAAGAAGUUAAAUCAAAUGAUGCAUACAAAGCCAUGACUGAAUGCACAGAGCACUUCUGCUAUGAAAACAUUAAACCAGUUUUAAAAUUCAGUUUAUGAAUUUAAAACACCAAUCUGUGUGGAUGUUAUUUAUUAUGGUAUGGUAAUGAUAUGUAUUGCUCUAUUUACAUUUUCAGAGGUUUUUUUUAAUAACAAAAUGCAUCAUGUUAAUCUUUAGUUAAUCUUUUAUUUCUCCAAAUGAAAUAACAGAUAAUGGAUCAUUUAAAGUCUAAUUAAAGUUACCUAAUAUUUUACCCAUACAAAGUUCAAAUCACUGACGCUAGAGACAACUUGAGAAAACAAAACACAUGGAAAUCCUAUGGAGCCUCCCUUAUUUAAAGAUAAUAGAAACAACUGCCAUUACUGUUUACAUAUCCGCCGUUAACAGUGUGCUGGUAAUGAAUAUAUUAACAGAAAUUAACCUUGGUGAAUUUAGUGAUGUUUUCAGUGCUUGAACUGAAGAAGCCACACGGUCAUCACUCAUGUGACCAGUGAUGACUGGAACAUCAGUAGAGCCCUUAUUUGCUAUUUGAAGUGCGUUGUUUCUUUUCUAGAACAAUUGAGCAAAAUUCACUUUCUGAGAUCCAGUGUUAUUGUACCUCAGCCUUUCGUUGUUAAUACCAGCUUUGAACAAACUGUUGGAUCUUUUUUAUAUUUUACUUCGAUUUUUGACAGUCUGACAUGGCUUAAAAGACAAGACAUGGACAUCCACAGCCCCAGAGUGUGCAAUAGUAAAUUGGAUAUAAACUGCAGUGGCUUUUUCAUUUGAACUGUACAUUGAGGUUAUUGUAAAAUCAGAUAAGAGCAUUCUCUUCAUUUUCGAAAUAAGAAAAAUGCCUCUAUAUGGAGAAAAUGUACAGUAUAAUACACAUUAUUGCAUUUAUUUCCUUAUCAGAUACUUUCUUACCAAAGCAACAUAGUAAACUGCACUGUAUUAUAAAUCUGUAUGGCUUUGCUGUUUGGGUUGGUUACAUUUUUUUUUUUUUUUUUUUUGCCUGUUGUGUCUCCCAAAGCAAUUUUCAUUUCACCAUGACUGGGUGUAAAAGCAGAGCAAUGUCAUUGUCAGCUAAACAAUGUACAACAUGUUUCAUUGUAAUGUCAUCAUCCUCUCUGACUUCAGGAGAGUUGUGAUUCAGCUGCUUUGUGUGAACUAAAGUUGUCAUUGAAGACAAUGUCAACAAUACAGACACACAAGCUUCUACCUAUUAAGGCCUUUUUAAAAUAUGUGCUGUUAGUUAUGAACAUGACAUCUAUAAAUAAUGUGCUUGAUAAACCAAAUAGCUGCACACAUUUAGUUUUGUUCUUGUGUUGUGGUAGCAAUAAGCAUGUGCUAAGACCACUGUUGACCUGCUCACAAAUAAUCAAAAACUGACAUUUUGUGGAGGACAGCCAUCUCUCUGAAAUUAUACAAAUAUGUUUAAAUUCAGAAUCACAUAUGAUCGGUCUUAUGAAAAAUUAACCAGCAUCUGCUCUUUCAAACAAGCUGUAGUGCCACUUUAAUGU